AUGGGCGAGGAACAAAUUGAUUUAAAUUUGAUGUCUUUUAGUAUAGACAACGUUUCAGAAGUAAAUGAUGAACAACAAACAUCAUGUGUUGAACCAUUACCAAUUAGUGAAAAUAAAUGUGAAAAACUUAAAUCAUGUCAACAUCAUAUUUGUGAUUUAAUUUGCCAUCCACGAGAAUGUCAACCAUGUGAUCAAUUAAUUAAACGAACAUGUUUAUCACAUGGAACUGGACGUGAAGUUUUAUGUACUAAUGAAACUGGUGGUACAAAAACAUUUACAUGUGGUGAACCAUGUGGAAAAUUACUUUCAUGUGAUCAUCAUAAAUGUACAAAAACAUGUCAUGAUGGACCAUAUCCAUCAUGUAGAGCAAUGAAAUAUGAUCCAAUAAAAAAUCCUUUUCGUUGUAAACAACUAUGCAAAAAAGAAAAAUCAUGUAGAAAACAUCGAUGUAAUCGAAUAUGUUGUAAUCUUGAUAGUCAUCGAUGUGAAUUAGUCUGCGGUAAAAUACUUAAUUGUGGUAUACAUAAAUGUAAAGAAUUAUGUCAUUUCAAUUUUUGUCGUGAUUGUUCAUUAUUCGAUCAGAAAAUAAAAUGUCAUUGUGGUGAAACAGUUAUUAAACCAAAAUCUAAAUGUCUUAAAACUCUUCGAAUAUGCUAUUUUUCAUGUAAGCGAACACAUGAAUGUGGUUAUCCUGCUAAUCAUUGGUGUUAUUAUGAUGGUGAAUGUCCACCUUGUACACAUUCUGUUUCAAAAAUGUGUGUUGGAGAACAUGUGCCAUUUGAUGUUCCAUGUCAUGUAAAAACAGUAUGCUGUCGUCAACCAUAUGGUAAAUUUCUUCCACGUGGAGUUCACACAUAUCAAUGUUCAUGUCAUUCUGGUUUAUGUCAAUCAUUUGAUCAAAAAUGUACACAACGAUGCAAUAUAAAACGACAUGAAUAUGGUCAUAGAUGUAAUUUAGUUUGUCAUGGAUCUGAACCUUGUCCAGUAACAACAUGUGAAGCAAUAAUUAAAGUUCGAUGUCAAUGUGACAGUUUAAUAAAAGAUGUUAUUUGUAAUGUAAAAUCAAAUCAAUUUAAUGAAGAAAAAGUUCAUAUUGAUUCAACAUCACCUAGUCAAGCAUUGCCAAGUCGAACAACUAGUUUUAAAUUUUUAUUUGCACCAAAACCAAAACAAGAAUUAGAAUGUGAUGAUGAAUAUCGUAUUAUACAACGAAAUAACAAAUUAACUCAACCUUUUACAUUUAAUUCCAAUGAACGACGACGAUUACCGGCUAUUUAUACACAUCUUUUACGUGAAUAUGCAAAGAAAAAUCCUGAGUUUGUUCAAAAUAUUGAACGACAAUUCGCUCAACUUAUGACGGAUAUUAAAAAUGAUCGUGCCUUAAUGUGA